UGUCUGCCCACCCUAUGGUUAAUAUCUUCUAGAACCAUGAUCCACUUGGAACUAUUAAGAAAUUAUGUAUCUUGGUUGUGAUACAAUUCAUGAAACUCCAGGCUUUAUUUGCAUGUCACAAGUUUUUGCACCAAUGCCCCUUUUCUGGCCCAGGAUCCCACAUUUCAUCGUGUCCUCCUGUCUGUUGGGUCUCAUCCAGUCUGUGACAGUUCCUCAAGCUUUUUAUCUUUUUCAUAACUGGGACGUUUUUGCAGUGCACUGGUCAGGUCUUCUGUAGAAUAUCCCUCAAUUUGGGUGUACCUGGUAUUGUUCUUCUCAUCAGUUGCCAAGGGUUACUGGUUACUGGAAGAAACACACAGAGGUGAGGUGCCCUUCUCACAUUAUGUCAGAGCCAGGUGAUAUCAAGGAGACAUACCACUACAAUGUAGCCUGGACGUCUGGUUGAGGUGGUGUCUGCCAGGUAUCGCCACUGUAAAGUUCCCAUCUUUUGCUUUUCCAUACUUUAUUCAUUGGAUGAGAGUCAAUAACUCUUUUGAGCCUGGUCCACACUCAAAAGGAAGCAGGAAGGAAUGAGUUCUAGAUCUGGAGAAAGCUUUCAAUUUACAUUCUUUAGAAUUCUAAUGGCUCUUUGGCCCUCACACCCAUUUUAAAGACCGGAAAACUGAGGUUGAAGACGACAGACUGCCCCACUAGAGGGUGGCCCAGCUGAGGGUGAGGCCCCACCCAGAGCUGGAUCGGGGCUGUGGUGCCCCAAGUGUGAAGGCAGGUGGCGACUCUGGGCCUCUGUGGGGGAAAGAGGAAAAUCCGUUCCGGAGCCCCCCUGCCGGGCUCCAAUCGUUGGGUAUGGACCGCCCUCUGAGGUGUGUUACCCUAUUUUACAGAUGCGCUGCCUGCGCCCCGCAGGCGGAGGUGUGGCGGCGCUGGGUGGACGAACAGGUUUCCGGGGCGCAGCCAGCCGGGCCAGGUGCGGAGCCAGGUGUGGAGCGCUGGGCCCCAGAGGUCACCUGGGCCGGGCCCGGGCCCGCGGGGCAGAGCGAAUGGGCCACUGCACCUGAAAGUCCGGCAACCCCCGACUACCAGCACCCCGCGCUUCUGCAGCUCGGCUCCCGGAGUGCCUGCCCUUGACCUUAAUCACCGGCCGCGCUGGCAUUAGAGAAUAAAGGCUCAGUGACCCACGCCAGUUCUGUCCUGGAGCUUACCUGCCUCUUGAAGGGCCCAGCUGACUGACUGGCUUGUGCCUCUGCCAGGAUGGACACAAGGACGGUGCUGCUCAUCCUGCAAGCCUCACUGGUGCUCCCCCUGGCUGACAGUACUGCCCCCAUCCUGCGCUUUGUGGCUGUGGGUGACUGGGGAGGGGUCCCCAAUGCCCCGUUCUACACAGCCCGGGAAACGGCCAAUGCCAAGGAGAUUGCCAGGACCACAAAGAUCCUGGGCACAGACUUCAUCCUGUCUCUGGGGGACAAUUUCUACUUCACUGGUGUGCAGGAUGCCAACGACAAGAGGUUCCGGGAGACCUUUGAGGAUGUGUUCUCUGCCCCCUCCCUCCGCAACGUGCCCUGGUACGUGCUGGCUGGCAACCACGACCAUCUGGGCAACGUCUCAGCACAGAUCGCCUACUCCAAGAUCUCCAAGCGCUGGAACUUCCCCAGCCCUUACUACCGCCUGCACUUCAAAAUCCCACAGUCCAAUGUGACCGUGGCCAUCUUCAUGCUGGACACAGUGACACUCUGUGGCAACUCGGACGAUUUCCUCAGCCAACAGCCACAGAGGCCCCGUGAUGCACAGAUGGCUCGCACGCAGCUGUCCUGGCUCAAGAAGCAGCUGGCAGCGGCCAAGGAAGACUACGUGCUGGUGGCUGGCCACUACCCGGUGUGGUCCAUUGCCGAGCAUGGGCCCACCCACUGCCUGGUCCACAACCUGCUGCCACUGCUGGCCACUUACAAGGUCACUGCCUACCUGUGUGGCCAUGACCACAACCUGCAGUACCUUCAGGAUGAGAACGGCAUAGGCUACAUACUGAGCGGGGCUGGGAACUUCAUGGACCCCUCAAGGAGGCACUUUCGCAAGGUUCCCAGUGGCUACCUGCGCUUCCACUAUGGGGUUGAGAACUCACUUGGUGGCUUCGCCUAUGUGGAAGUCAGCCCCAAAGAGAUGAGCAUCACUUAUAUUGAGGCCUCUGGCAAGUCCCUCUUCAAGACCAGACUGCCAAGGCGAGCCAGGCCUGAGCGUUUGUGAGGGGCCUGAGGCAGAGGGGCUUCCCUGCCGGGGAGCGGGGCCCUACUGGGACCCUGCCACUUGGUGGCUUUCUCGGGACUGUGGUCCUGCUGAGCAGGAAGGAGAACCACAGAUGCUUCUGAACCCAACGUCCUUCUGUCACUGCCAAAUAUUCAAUAAAAGAAUAGAUGCAAGACUGAA